UAAUAGCCAAGCGCUACAACCACAGCGAUAUAAAUCCAACGAAUACAGCAAUUAGACACAACGGUAGUCAUAUUCAUUUCGGUCGCGAUUCUCAAGACCUAUCAUGUCAGCUCAGGAUUCUUCUCUGCGUGAGACCAACUGGCCCACUCUGGCCAGCUACGUCUCUACACACAACGACACUUAUCCUUUCAUCGAUCCGUUGAGAGCCGACCUAACGGGCAAAUCAGUCUUCAUCACUGGCGCCUCCAAAGGGAUCGGAAAAGCGACCGCAAUUCGCUUCGCCAUGGCAGGCUGUUCCAAAAUCAUCCUCGCCGCCCGCUCUGACAUGGCGGAUGUUGAAGCGGCUGUCAUAGAUGCUGCCAAGAAGGUCAAUCGGCCCCAACCUCUCAUUCAUUCCGUCAAGCUGGAUAUCACAUCAGAGGAGUCCGUGAAAGCUGCUGCAGAAACAGCACAGGAGAUACUCGAUGGCAGCCUAGACAUCGUGAUCAACAACGCAGGCUGUCUUGAGGAGUGGAAGCCCAUCGCUGAGUCUGACCCGUCGGAGUGGUGGUGGACCUGGGAGGUCACCAUGAAGGGCACUUACCUCUCUGCCCGUUAUUUUAUCCCACUGCUUCUCAAAUCAUCAACCAAAACUAUCAUCAAUAUCAGCAGUGUCGGCGCACAGAUCAUCGUUCCUGGGGCAUCAGCAUACCAGACGAGCAAGUUCGCUCUGUGCCGAUUUACCGAGUUCAUCGACAAGGAAUAUUACGAGCAGGGAUUAGUCGCCAUAUCAAUUCAUCCGGGCGGGAUCAAAACUGAGCUGGCUUUGAACAUGCCCCCUGCGAUGCAUUCUCAUUUAAAUGAUACGGCGGAGUUGGCUGCUGACACGAUGGUUUGGUUAUCUUGUGAGAGGCGGGACUGGCUGUCGGGGCGAUUUAUUACGGUCAAUUGGGAUAUGGAGGAACUUGAGAAGAAGAAGAAGGACAUCCUUGAAGGAAACUUGUUUAAGUUCCGUAUGAAGAUCUAAAAUCCAAUGUAAGGACAUUCCUCUAUUCAGACGGAUCGGAAGAUUUACGUUAGGGCUGAAGUAUCACGUGAAGACAUGGUUCUGCCAAUAGGGUAAUGGAUUCAUCAUUUCUCUCCCAUUUCUGCUGUUUAUUAUAACCGUGAGAUGCAUGA